UCUUCCACCAAGAAACAUACUCAAAUAAAACCAAAAAAUGAAGCUAAACACUAGUCUUUGGACCAUCCUAUGGUUUGGUAUUUUGGUAGGGCUGGUAAUCUCUGAUGAUGAUGAUAAACCAGAGUGUGGAAGAGACGCAUUUGGCGAAUUUUGUCCAAAAAGCCAGUGUUGCAGCCAAUGGGGGUACUGUGGCAACACAUCUGUGUACUGCGGGCGUGGUUGCCAAAGUAACUGUUGGAACUCUCCUCCGCCACCAACCCCAACACCACCUCCGCCAAGCCCAUGCCCACCUUCACCACCACCCAAGCCAUGCCCACCUUCACCACCACCUAAGCCAUGCCCACCUCCCCCACCAAACCCAGAAAGACCUGACCACCGAUGUGGCUGGAGAUUUGGCAAACCACCAUGUGGACUGGGAAGGUGUUGCAGCAACUUUGGCUACUGUGGCGAAGGACCUUCUUAUUGCGGUAGAGGAAGUUGCGAUUACCAGUGCUUGAAACAAGCACGUUGGUCCGUGCAUGAAGAAUAUGAUGGUCUUCUUCUUCAUCGUGCUCUACAACAAAAUAAUGCUAGUAAUGGUAUAAGCAGCAUUAUUAGUGAAUCAGUUUAUAAUGAAAUGUUUAAGUACAGGAAAUAUUGUCCAAGUCAAAGGUUCUAUAGUUACGAGGCUUUUAUCACUGCUGCUGCAUCGUUCCCUGGUUUUGGUACCACUGGGGAUGUGUCUACUCGUAAGAGAGAGCUCGCAGCUUUCUUUGCUCAAACCUCUCAAGCAACCUCAGGAGAAUCGUCCGAUUUAGAACCAAAUGCGUGGGGAUAUUGCCAUAUCAAUGGAACCAGCGAAGAGGUCGACAAUACUGACCAAAAUGAUUAUUGCACUUCAUAUCAUUGGCCCUGUCCUUUUGGUAAGAAGUAUAAUAGCCGAGGACCCAUCCAACUCACUCAUAACUACAACUAUGGACUGGCUGGGGAAGCACUUGGAAUAGACCUGAUAAACAAUCCAGAUUUGGUGGCAACUGAUCCAGUUGUGUCAUUUAAAACAGCCAUAUGGUUUUGGAUGAGUCACCACCAAGACAAUAAGCCUUCAUGCCAUGACAUUGUCAUUAAUGUUAGCUCUGAAAAGAGUCACAGCACUACUCAAGUCCCAAACUACGGUGUAAUUGGCAACAUAAUCAACAAUAAUGGUUCGGGAUAUCGAAUUAGUGGUUUCGGUACCACUUUUAGUAGUAGCUUAAAAUACUACAAGAGGUACUGUGACAUGUUAGAAGUGAGCUAUGGAGAUAACUUAAAAUAUUGGUAUGAAUAAGUUUGGUGUGGCUGUAGAGAAAAAUGGGGGCAAUACUACGUACUAAUUAUGUUUCACAAUGCCAAAGUGGUAUUACUGUAAUAAUUAAAGUGCACGGCUCAUCUUAUAAUGGAGUUGAUCACUUUUUCUUUUUCUUUUCCCUUUGAAGAGAAAUGCUACCUGUUUUAAUUGAUAGAGACUUUUCUCUCACUUGAUCAAUUCACUUUAUUAUGUGAA